GCACAGCUCAAGAUGUCGCUACCACAGGAACUCAAAGCAAGGGAGUCGAUCCACGAUUUUAUCAUCAAACUUGCAUCCAAACUCAAACUAGAUGGUCCUACGAUUUUAGCAGCAACCAUCUAUGUCAAUAGAUUCUACAUGAGAAUGCCCAUAUCGUCCUCCAAGUACUUUGUUGCCAGUGCUGCGGUGGCCAUCUCGUGCAAGCUCAACGAUACAUACCGAGUUCCUGACAAGAUCGCAUUGAGUGCAUGCAAUUUAAAGAACCCCAAUCCUGCGGUGCCUAUAGACGAACAAAGCGACAUGUUCUGGAGAUGGAGAGACCAACUUUUGUACAGGGAGGAGAUGAUGUUGAAGACGCUCAACUUCGACCUCAAUCUCGAGUUGCCGUACGAAAUAAGAGACGAGUUGUUGAGCAUACAGGACCCAGAUGAUACCAGUGGGUUCCAUAAGAAGAAGGCAGAUAUACUAAAAAAUACUGUGUCAUUGCUCGAGGUGAUUUCCUCCUUGCCAGUAUUGGUGUGCUACGACAUCUAUACAUUGUUCGGAACGUUAAUGAUAGCUGUGAUUUUAGAGGGGAGGAUAAAGUUUGACGACGACUCAUUGAUUUUGCCUGAAAACUACAUGAUAAGGAAUUUGGGGGUAGAAAUGGAGUUAUGCUGGCUGUGCUAUAAGUACAUCAUCAAACUCUUAAAGGCCAGCGAAGAAGACCCAGCAGUGAUAAGCAAUAAGGUUGCAGGAAAAAGGUUGCGAGAGGUUACCGAAGAGGCAUUCAUGAGUACUGUCAAGAACGCAAGCAUUAA